GCGUCUAGGGUUUUUUAUUCCAAAUUUAACUUAACUUCUAGUUUCAUCGCUUAGAUAAAUAGAUAAAAUAUGUUAAAAGAUUGAAAUUAGAAUCAAGGCUUGUAGUAAUUUUCUAUUUGUUAGGUUGGACAACAAAUGUCAAUGUUUCGAUGACAUUAUACGAAAAUAUCAACAAAAACUUGGAAUUUUCGGGUUUAUUUUUAUUUUCUAGCAGAACCUCCGAAGAGAAUAGUUGAUUGUUUUAUGUUCCUGCUAGUGUUAAAAUUGAAGUGUUUUAUAAAAUGUCUGUAGUGAAAACAUCGGCUCAAAUUGAAGACCUCCCAGAUGAAGUUUUGGAAUUUAUUUUAUCUCUAAUUCCACCCUAUAAAGACCUUCACGAUUGUAUGCAAGUUUCAAAAAGAUGGAGAAGAUGUGUUUUAAAUGUUGCCAAAACCAAAUUGAGGAAUUUACAUAAGGCCAUUGUUGAUUUUGAUAUAAGAUGGUACACGCUUACUCCUGUAGAGAUGGCCCCCACGAUAUCAAAGCGUUACUCCCAUACAGCUGCGAUUCAUGAAAACUCGAUGUAUGUUUUUGGGGGCUGCACCUGCUCCAUGACCACUUUUAACGAUCUGUGGAGGCUAGAUCUGUCCAAACGGCAAUGGGUGCGGCCUCUAGCCAUGGGCACGUACCCAUCGCCCAAAGCUUGUAGCUCUCUAGUCUGUUACAAGGACCUUUUAGUAUUAUUUGGGGGAUGGGCCUAUCCACCUUCAUACCCUCUAUACCAAAGCUGGCAUCUCUUCAACGAGCUGCACAUCUACGACAUUACGGCGAAUCGCUGGACUUGUGUCAACACCACCAACACGCCGCCUCCCACCGCCGGUCAUUCCGUAUCAGUUGUGGGUGAAUGGAUGAUCGUUUUCGGCGGUAUUCAUAAACCUAGCACUGCCGUUCAUUGUGAAAAAUCCAACGACAUUUGGAAACUAAAUUUAGAAACGUGGACGUGGUAUAGACAAGAAGUUGAAGGCGAACCACGACCAAAUGGCAGAUUGGGUCAAACUCAAGUUGUUUUAGAUAAUAAAAAUUUAUUAAUAAUAGGGGGCUCAGGUGGGCCCACUUUGAAUUACUAUGAUGCGUGGAUUUUGAACAUGGAGGGAGCGGUGUGGAAGUGGAAGCAGGUGGAUAUUGAAGGGAAAGCAAACAAGCCUAACAAUAUCUGGACCAACCCCGGGUGCAAGAUAGGAGACAAAAUCGUGAUGCUUAAUCGGAUUCGCGAAGACCAAACUUGCCCAGUAGUGUAUUACCCGAAGAAUUGGGCGAAUCGUCGAAGCCCUCAAGAAGAUAGUAAAUUAGCUCGGAUAGAUUUAGCUAGUCGUGAACCAGACAGAGAUGAGAACGUCAACGGAAGACGUGGAGUUUUAAGAAACCAAAAAAGAGAAGCCGACGAUGACGACGACGUUUACCAGCAGCCUGGCUGUUCAAACAACCAACGUGGAGAUAUUUUAAUUAACAAUUGGUCACCUCCCAUAAACAAUUUAGCAGCAUUUAGCGUUCCGAACAACAAAAUGUCGAAAUCGGACAGAAUACGGGAGCAACGUCUUGCACGCUUGUCAGAAAUUAAAGAAAAUAUGAAGAAAUAUAAAAAAGAAGAGAAAAAUAGAAAUCACUAUUUAGGAAUUUACGUUUUAGAUCUAUCGAAAGCUUUAAGUUUGAAACCGUUUGUAACAUGGCUACCACCUAAGAAUUUGGGCAAUGGUCCUGAAGAAACGAUUUUAUAUACUUUGCUCGCAGGAAAAUCGGAAUUGGUUAUGUUUGGAGGAAUUAGAAAGGAUCCGACUUCUUUAGGAUUUUCGGUUAAUUUCAAUAGUCAAAUUUCCAAUAGUUUACAUUUUAUUUCUGCUCCUAAUUACGUUAUUUAAACGGAUUUUAUUUUUUAUAUUUUUCUGUAAUUCUAGCAUUACUAAGGAGAAUGUGCUAGUCAUUGAAUGAUUGAUGAUUUUUUUUGUGAAUUUUUGGAGAAUAUAUAUUGUAUUGUUCGUUUGAUUAUCAGAAAUACAUUUUUUAUUAUC